GCAGAGAACAAAGUGUUUAUCACUAGUCUUCUCGUCCUGUUUGUGUCCAUGUUACUGAUAUACUGAGGAGUCUUGUUGCAAAAAUGGUAUGCAUCACAUUGCGUCCGCUUCUGCUGGUUGGAAGGCGCUUUGGAUUGGGAUUUGAAAGAGCAAUACAUCUUUCUUCUUCACGAAAAAUGCCGAUGGUACGAGUUGCGACUAAUUUGCCAGAUAAAGAUGUACCUGCUAAUUUUGAGGAACGUCUUACCGACAUAUUAGCUGAUUCUAUGAAGAAGCCUAAAGCUAGAAUCGCAGUUGAGGUCAUGGCAGGUCAAAGGAUCACCCAUGGAGCUAGUCGUAAUCCCGUUGUUAUUAUCAAAAUAGAGGCCAUAGGUGCCAUGUCACCGGAGGACAAUAUUCGCCAUACUCAAAAGGUUACUGAGCUUUGUCAAGAAACUCUGAAGCUGCCAAAGGACAAGGUUGUUAUUUCAUUCUACGAUUUGAAACCCACCCAUGUUGGAAACAAUGGAACAACCGUUGCUGCUGCUACGUUAUAACUCAACUUAGCUACUUGAGAUUAAUUUAGUCAUGUUUGUGAUAGCUUCAUUAUUUCUAUUCAAAUCUACAAGUAUGUCUUCGAUUUGGCAUCGCUCACAUUUUUAUAAAUCUUAAGCUUUU